AAUGCUCUAAUUGAAUUUAUUUGCUUUAUAAAAGUUGACAUCUGCUUCCAAUAUUGAGCAGUUAAUAUUUGUUGGAAGAACACAAAAGAACUAUGGAACGUAAAAUUCUGAUUAUUGUCAGCUUUGCACUUCUAGCACUUGUCGGUUUUGUUAUAGCAAGAAAUGAUUUGACUGUUGGAUCACUUCAACCUGGUUCUGUGCUUUUAUACCAACAAACCUACAAUCGUACUGGCGUCGCUGGUCAAAUGCAAAGUCAGGAUGUCUUCUAUACAAAUCCACUCAGAAAUAUUACUCGCAUCCGCGCAUUGGAUUUAAAUGCCAAUGGAACUGGUGGAUUUGCUAGCAUCGUUUCAGGGGGUGUUGGUUUCAGAAAUGUAACCAUUCGUUUGCAAUCAUCAGCUAUUGGAAGAGGCUUUACUUUCUUCGUCGAUAUUUACGGAAACUAAACUUGUUAAAUAAAUCAUCUGAUUAAAAACGCCGUUACAGAAUGUCUGAUUGUUCAGAUAAUAAAAAUUUUCCAUUUGAAAUAAAAAAGAAAUCAUGUCACAAGUUCUUGUCAUAAAUAUGUCUGAUGUAACGAUAUGUGCGACAUAAGAAAAU